CGCCGCUGAAGCUAGGCUAAUCUCGGACUGGAGAUAUCAAAAAGAAGAUAAUGCCUCGGAAUGAUUUAUCGCGCGUUUAAAGUUAUUAUCUGAGUUACCGCGCGCGGAGUUGGUGUACCUACUCUUUGCUGCACGCGGAGCUCUUCUGCGUUUCGUGCAAUAAAGACUUUUAAGGACUCUGGUGUGGAUGUACGCGCGCACGCAUGCAUGAUGCAUCCAGCAAACAGCAGCUGCAUCACCGAGAGCGGUGACGGGACGCGCGGGGAGCCAGAGUCAAAGGAUGGGGCGUCGGAGUCACUGGAGCACGCUUCCGGUAAGCGCGAGCCUCCUUCCGCGGUGGAACCGGGAUGCCAGCUCGGGCACGCGGAGGAGGAGCAGGUGCGCGGGAACGACGCCGCGAGCCCAUCGCAGUUCGUGCCGCCGGAGGGAGGUUACGGCUGGCUCGUGGCGUUCGCCGCUACCUGGUGCAACGGCUCGAUCUUUGGCAUCCAGAACUCGUUCGGGAUUCUGCACGUGAUGCUCGCGCAGGAGUACGAGGACCCCGACGACCAGGCGUCCCAGUUUAAAAUAGCAUGGGUCGGUGCCUUGGCUAUGGGGAUGAUCUUCUUCUGCUCCCCUGUGGUCAGCAUGUUCACCGAUCACUUUGGCUGCAGGAAGACGGCAGUGGGCGGAGCCUUUGUUGCCUUCCUUGGACUCCUCAGCAGCUCAUUUGCCACGACACUGGGACUUCGUUAUUUCACUUAUGGCAUGCUGUUUGGCUGUGGCUCGUCCUUCGCCUUCCAGCCAUCACUGGUCAUUUUAGGGCACUAUUUUCGUCGCCGUCUAGGUCUGGCGAACGGUGUGGUGACGGCAGCAAGCAGCCUCUUCACCAUAGCACUACCCGUGCUACUCAAGAAGGUCGUAGGUCCUCUGGGCCUCUCCAGAACCUUCCAGAUCCUCAGCCUUUUCAUGCUGGUCCAGUCGUUCCUGGCGCUCUCAUUCCGGCCACUGAUUCCCUCAGCAGGAGCAGGGAUGGGCUCUGUGGGGCCUGCCGGAGAUCAGGGAUCUAUAGCAGGAACUCGUUGGAGGAGGGGUGUGAUGAAAGUGAGGAAGUAUUUCAACGCCCGUGUGUUCAGAGUGGCCACAUACCGAGUGUGGGCUUUUGGGGUGGCCACAGCUGUUCUGGGAUACAUGGUGCCCUACAUUCACCUGAUGAACUUUGUGAAGGAGGAGUUUGGGGAGACACAGAAGGAGUGGGUGCUGUUGGUGUGUAUUGGGGCAUCCUCCGGAGCAGGACGUCUGCUUUUUGGCAAAGUGGGAGACCUCAUUGCUGGAGUCAAGAAAAUAUACUUGCAGGUGGCCUCGUUCAUGACUCUGGGCCUAAUGUCCAUGAUGAUCCCGCAGUGUCGUGUGUUUGAGGGCCUGAUGGUGGUUUGCGUGUUCAUGGGACUGUGUGACGGUUGCUUCAUCACCAUAAUGGCCCCUAUUGCUUUUGAGUUGGUAGGGCCCAUGCGGGCCUCGCAAGCCAUUGGUUACCUGCUGGGCCUCAUGGCUAUUCCAAUGACAGCAGGUCCACCAAUCGCAGGCCUUCUUCAUGAUCACUUUGGGAAUUACAACGUGGCAUUUUACCUGGCUGGUGUUCCCCCUCUGGUCGGGGGCAUAGUCCUGUUCUUCGUGCCCUUGGUGUUCAGGCGUGUUCAUAGGAAACACAGCGACACAUGUGACCCGAGCACACACAGCAUGCUGAAGAACUGCACCAACGGAGACGUGCUGCCCGGAUACACUGACACUGAAACACAAGAAGCACCACGCUAAGGAAUUCACUUCACCAGAAGAGUGUGUGUGUGUGUGUGUGUGUGUGUGUGUGUGCCCGUCCCCGGAUCAAAAUCAGCCCAAGCUCAUCACCACAGUGCUUUCACUUAUAUAGAAAAGACCUGCGAGUCGAUACUUCACUCUCUUGGACUCGACAGUCCCCCGUCCCUCUGCUUGCUGUGGGAUUGUGACAGUCUAGAACUUGUCCCUGAUGGCUUCUCCGAAAGAAAAUCUGAACGAUGUGCUUCGCGCAGGUGAAGCCAGAAGGAACGCUGACUCACACAUAAGAACAGCGAGUACUGGUCAGUAGGAAAUGCAGUUGCCUUUGAAUUGGAGUAAAAGGAAAAAUCCUUUAAAUUUUUAUCCAACGUAUCCACAUUGUGUGCUUUAGGUUUUUAACCAGUGUGUCCACAGUACAGUUGUCGUUUAACAGAAGAGGUUUUCCUUCUCUCUUUUUAUAUAUAUAUUUUAAGGAAUAAUGUUUUUUCCUACUCUGGCUUUUCUCUAAAUCUUUCUGGUUUUCAUGCAGACUUCCAUAACAUCUAAUGUGGGUUCUGCUCAAAGCCAUUGUUGUAAUCAGUGUUAUAAUUGAUGCACAGUUGUAGUGCAUUGUAGGUAUUCCUCACUUAUUAAUCAAAUCUUUAAAAAUAUCAACUUUUCUUUCUGAGACUUUGUUUAAUAGAAAUGCUAGCUAGAUGUGACAGAUAUUAUUAGGACCUUUUAUAAUACUACAAAAUCUCAAACCCAACACUUACAAAACAUUUACGAGCCUAGCCAACUUCACUAGUGUUAAAUAGAAACUUUAAAUAUGUAUAUAUAUGGGGUACACAUGAGUGAUGGGUUUGGUUGACUUUUUGGCAAAUUCUUUGGUGAAUUUUCCAAAUUUAUGUUUUGCCUUUUUCUUUUCUUUACCUUUCUCUGAGGUUCACAGGAAAUGCAGAUAGGGACUAAGUAGAUAUUUGAGAAGAUAUUCAGACUACACUGUCUCUAUGAUUAUGUGUGGCAAAUAUCUCAUACCAGUCAUUUGGAAUUUCUGGUUUUCCAUUGCCAGAACUAGUUUGCCUUCACACUUGACAUGUUGCAUCAUGUGUUGCAUCAAGCAUCGCAUCAAGACCUCAUUCAGUUCUAUUUUAGCCAGCGUUUCAAUCUAGAGGUGCGUUAAAGUUGUGUCAAGCUCAAGCUUUUGCAUUGUGUGGCCAUUGUUUUACGCUUCCUUAGCAUCGUGAGGUCUGCUUCUUUUGUUUUUUGGACACUUUAAAUAUAGUCCAUUGUAUUAGUGCCAUCUGUGGCAAAAAUAUUUAAGUAGCUAUGUAUCUACAGCAGUGAUGUAUAGAGCAGAUUCCCUCAUUUUGUUAUUAUAUGAUAUUGUAUGAUCCUGUAUAGCAAUCAUACAAACUGAAGGACAUCUGUACAGGAAUAUAAGUGUUUUUACUCAGCUGAGGUGUGGAUUGAGUGAGGUCCUGAUGAGCCGCUUACGCCGUGUGAGUUCGGAAUAAAACAAAUCCGAACCAUUGAGCGUUGAACCAUUGCUAGUGUGAACGCAGGAUUAGAAAGGUAUGAACUGUGUGAUUUUCUGCAGACCUCACAGUUUUAUUCUAUGCAGCAACAAAACACAAAACCGUGCCAAUAUUUUACCUAUUUUUAGAGCCAGUUAAUGAACACUUGGUGCCAGUAUGCUAUGCUAUCAUGCUAUGCUAUCAUAGCCUGCUAACUUGCAUUCCUCAAGGCUGUCUACAUAGCCUGUAACAUUCAUAGGGAAAAUAUCAUUAUAUUCUCAUGAAGCAUGCUUUUUUUUAAAGAUUGAUUUUGUUAUUGGUUAUUUUAUUAGUAUUUGGUGACUUUUUUAUUUUCUUGUUUGCAGAAGGAAUGUAGUUAGGAUUUCAUAAUGGAUAAAAAUAG